AUCCCACCCACCAGUCCACCAUCCGUCCCCGAUCCUCUCGCUCUUCUGCCCGAAUAAUGGCGGCGGAGGCUCAGGCCGAAGGUCCUGCGCUGGCCCCUCCGCCCCUGGCGCACGGGAGCUCUUCCGCUUCCCCGGAGAAGCGUGGGCUUCCGAUCCCGGGGGACGACGACGGCGCGGCGGCGGCGGCGGAGGAGGAGGAGGAGCAGCUGCCCGAGCCGAAGCGGCGCCGCCCGUGUGUCGCCACGCUCGACAACGUCCCCGGCGCGGCGGUGUCCUUGGUGCUGGUGACCGAGGAGACGGAGGACUCGCCUGGCUCGGGCAGCGGCGGGGACGGCGCGUCGUUCUCGUUCCAGCACGCGCGGGGCGGCUUCGUGGCGUUGGAGACCACGCCCAAGUUCGGGUCCUUCAACCCGCCGGGGGAAGCCGAGCUAGCGGCCCUGGAUCUGAAGCAUGCGCGGCACGAAGCCGACGCGGAGGGCUCGACGGAGGCGGACGACGAGGUCCCCGCGGCGUCGGCUCCUGGGGCGGGGGCGGAGGCCAAGGGCGAGAGCUCGCAAUUACCUGGCGGCGAGGUUGAUGGUCAGGUCCAGACAUUUUGACCAGCCACGGAAGUCGCCUGUUAGAUUGCUACUACUGUAGUACAGUAGCAAGCAGAUUGCCAAUAGCCUUUACGUUGCUGCUAGGUUCGGCUACUCCAAAAUUUCAGUGUAUUAUCACUACUUAAUCACUUGUAUUUACAUUGUUAAUAGUUCAGAAAUGCAGUCCAUUUUGC